CUGAGCGUCAUGGAUCAGAGUUGGAGGAAAAACUGAUUCGUCUUUUAUUAAAACCAUAAGUUAGAUGUAGAAACAAACAUCAGCGUGAAACCUCCCAGCUUACGGCUGACGUCUGUCUGUGGUGCUCAGUAAGUCACAGUUUAGCUUUUCUAUGAUGUCAGAUGGUCAGUCUGUCAGAACAUGACUGUUUUCCAGUGAACUGGGCCUGAUGACAGAAUAAAGCCUCUGAUGAAGUGGACGGCACAGCUUCCCUCAGUGGAGAGCUGAAGACACGUGGACUCUGCACUUAUUCACAUGUUUCUGUAGAAUAAUGAUCAUCCACAGGUUUCCUCCACCGUAUUUGAGUUGAACCUGUGGCCUGUAGUGGGCGCCAUGCAGGGAAUGGUCCAUAAACAAAAUCACCUUUAAAACAGGGAACCAUCAAACAUUAGGGAAACGUACGUUUGAUAUUGUGCAGUUUUCAGGGCGGCGCUGGGAGCGCAUGUGUUCUGGAACAGGUUUCAGCAGAUCUUUAAAAGAUGAGCUUGUUUAUAAAUUGAAGGAGGAUUUGUAGAAAUCAAACAGAUUCUUAGAAAGUGUCCAGUCAAAACAACCAAAUUCCUCAAAAGAUUCCAGUUCAGAAAAAUCCGAUUCUUAUAAAGUGCCCAUCCUAGAAAGACACAGAUUCUUAGAAAGUGUCCAGUUUCGAAAACCUGCAAAUUCUUUGAAAGAAUUUCUUGAAAAUCUAGUUCUUAGAGAGUCCAGUCAAACAACACCACUUUCUUUUAAAUUUUUCAGUCUACAAAAUCAGAUUGUUAGCAAGUGUCCAUCCUAGGAAACCAGACAUAUUCUCGGACAGUAUCGGGUCCAGAAAACCACAGCAGUUCCUCUGUGGCGCCUCAGAAACGGGGUCUCGCGCUGACCGGCUUUAGGACCCUGCGUCAUGACGCACGAGAGUCCAGAGUGCCAUUAUCCGCCGCCGCGCGGUCCCAUUGGGCACAGCUCUCUGCUGUUUACAGUAGACCGUGUGGUAACGUGGAAUUUGUGGGUCCAGGCUCCGAAAGGUGAGGACCACGGCCCGGACCAGAGGCUGGCAGCGGGGGGGAGCAGACUUGUGUCCGGUACAGAGCUCCUUCCAGCGCCGCUGUUGUCCGUCUGCAGCGCAGAGAGACGAGCCGUUCCCGACUCGGCGGGCUGAAGAAGACGCGUAAAAGCGCUCUGCCGUAGAGCAGGACGGACUCCGAGCUGGUCACUGUUGUUCGGUAGGUUCGGCUUGAGAUCCUGCUGUUGAAGUAAAACUUUACACCGUUAAAGCACAACUUUGUGACGUCGCUUUCAGGAGGCAGCCGAUCAAAAGUUGGCACCUUGUGUCCCCGCUCAACGUCCGGACCUGAUGUUUUUUACAGACUUUGUUUCCUGCCCGGGGAGUGCAAUGCGCUGCAGAUCGACGCGCUGAGCACCGACCCACAGACUCCGGAGCUGGCAGCAGGCUGGUGUCGGUGGAGCGGCUUGGAGGGCUGCUGCUGAGCGCGCUGAUGCGGCGGAGGUGCGCUCGGUCCCGCAGGCUGCACAGCUGCGCGUCCCGCUGAUGAAGACUCCGCUUUCAGUGCCUGUUUCCAUCCACAGCUUUGUGGGGCGCACGGACACAUCUGUGCGUUCCCGUCAGCCAGGAUCAGAUCCACCCUCCCCCGACAGCUGCAGCUCUCCGUAGCGGAGUGUUGAAUGGAUUUUCAGGAACACUUUACUGAAACUGAGGAAUUAGAUCCAGACGACUUUGAAACAACUGUCCGGGCUCGUUCCGUCACUGCUGCCCGCUGUGACUGUUGCUGGAGAAAUGCGUGUGUCUGGCAUUUAACAGUGGAUUUAAUUUAUGGUAAUCAGAAUAUUUGAGUUCUCUGGAGGAAACAUGAACGUGUUCCUCGUCGUUCUGUUCCUCACUCUGGACCUGGCCACCGUGGCUCUCAGCCUGUCCACAUGCAGCACGCUGGACAUGGAGCAGUUCAGGAAAAAGCGCAUCGAGGCCAUCCGAGGGCAGAUCCUGAGCAAGCUGAAGCUCUCCAGCCCCCCGGAGGACUUCCCCGAGCCGGGAGAGGUGUCCCGGGACAUCGUGGCCAUUUACAACAGCACCCGGGACCUGCUGCAGGAGAAGGCCAACGAACGCGCGGCAACGUGCGAGCGGCAGCGCAGCGAGGAGGAAUAUUACGCAAAGGAGGUGCACAAGAUCGACAUGCAGCCGUUUUACCCGUCAGAGA